AGCCAAGUAAUCAACUCGCGGCGGCGGCAGUCGACGGCGGUCUUUCGAACGACUCGUGGAACCGCGUGGGCACCGUAUGAGAACCGCGCGCUCCGUAACUCGCGUACGGACAGGCCUGCGCCCAGGAAUGAGGUAACCGCGGCGACGGGCUCGAUUCUUAGGCGUUCUCGGCACGUAGAGACUAUCACCCGGCGAGCGGCUCGGCACACAGGUGACAGAUAAUACAUCAACACACGUGGCCACAAUGACCGACGCAAGCGAGAAGCCGCCGACAGAGUUGGAUACCUUUCUGCCUCAAGAUGGAUCCGUUCUCAAGGACGGCGUCCUGUCCGCCAAAUAUAAAGUCCAAGUUGCGCCGCGCGAUGUUGAGACCGCAGUGGGCGACGAAAAGAGUUUCGAUCCCUUCGCGGAACGCAAGGUCGCCAAUCCUACAACAGAUUGCGACACAUUGACGCACUUACUAAAAGCCUCUCUUGGUACUGGAAUACUGGCUAUGCCCAUAGCUUUCAAAAACUCCGGACUGCUCGUGGGUGUCUUCGCCACGAUACUCGUCGCAUUCGUGUGCACACAUUGCGCGUACAUUCUGGUCAAAUGUGCGCACGUUCUUUAUCACAAGACCCGAAAGACGGACAUGGGAUUUGCUGAAGUUGCCGAGACAGCUUUCAGUAUCGGACCUCCAUGGGCGAAGAUAUUCGCGAAACCUUCCAGAUAUCUUAUUCAAGUCAGUCUGUUUACCACAUACUACGGUACCUGCAGCGUAUACACAGUAAUCGUGGCCGCUAAUAUCAAGCAGAUCAUCGAGCAUUACCAGGGAGUUGAUGCCGGCGACUACAACAUCCGUUUACUCAUCGCUUACUUGCUGGUGCCGCUGAUCCUUCUCAGCUGGAUACCCGACCUGAAGUAUCUCGCGCCAGUUUCGAUGGUAGCGAACAUCUUUAUGGGAACAGGACUAGGAAUAACACUUUACUACCUCGUUUGGGAUUUGCCACCGUUAUCUUCAGUGCCUUUAGUAGCUUCGAUAGAGAACUUCCCGCAGUUCUUCAGCAUCACUAUUUUCGCGAUGGAGGCGAUUGGCGUGGUGAUGCCCCUAGAAAACAACAUGAAGACGCCGCAGCACUUUGUGGGAAUCUGUGGGGUUCUCAACAAGGGCAUGUCCGGCGUUACGCUUGUAUAUAUUCUCCUUGGGUUCCUCGGAUAUGUCAAGUACCAGGACGACACGAUGGAUACCAUCACUCUAAAUCUACCGACGGAAGAAAUAGCGGCGCAAGUUGUGAAGAUACUGAUUGCUCUAGCCAUCUUCUGUACCUAUGGCUUACAAUAUUACGUGUGCCUUGAUAUCGUGUGGAAUGGUGUAAAACAUCGCUUCGAGAAGAAGCCGCUCUUAGCCAAUUAUAUCAUAAGGACGCUUCUAGUAACAGGCACAGUUAUCCUUGCCGUGGCAGUGCCAACGAUCGCACCGUUUAUCGGCUUGAUUGGUGCAUUUUGUUUCUCCAUUUUGGGCCUCCUCUUUCCGGUUUUUAUCGAGACCGUAACUUACUGGAACGUGGGCUUUGGGCCGGGGAACUGGGUAGCCUUGAAGAACGUAAUUAUAUGCGUGAUAGGCUUGAUGGCGGUAGUAUUUGGAUCACGCAUUGCUAUAAUGGAUAUAGUGAAAUUGUACGCUUAAUAGAAAGAGUGUUUUCCAUUUUCUUUUUCAUCUAAUGAAAAUAUUUCGAUGGAUUUGCAAUGAAUUAGAUUUGCCCUCGAUAUAACUAACGGUAUUUUAGAACGAAUCAAGUAUCACAUUAUAUUCGCGGGCGGAUAUCUUUGAGUUUCUGGACAGAAUCGCUGUAUUUAAACUGCGUACAUUAGCUCAGAUUUUUUUUAUAUUUCCUAACAGUAAUUUUCUAAGAGGAGCAUCAAAGACGUUUAGAUCUAUGCUGGUCCUAAUAGGAUUUUUUUUUAAGAAUUAAUAUAUUUUUUAUUCUCUCCUACAUACCUGAAUAAAAAAUAUAGAAAAUUAUCAAAUUUUAAAAAUAACGUACGGCUAUAUAUUAUAAGGUAGAAAUGAAAAACAAAUAUAGAUUUUUAGGAGCAAUGGCAGUAUUCAUUUAACAGGUGAGGAUGCAAAGUAACGAACGAUCGUGAUAAUAAAUGAUCGUGAUCGUGAUGUGCGAGUGUAUCCUAAAGAAUAUGUGAAGUUUCUGUAGGAAAUAAUUUUUAUAUUAUCGGAAUGUUACAUUAUUUCAUUUUUACAUGAAAGUUUCGCAUUUAUAAUUGAAAUUUUAGAAAUCUCAAGCUAAUUUAUCAAGCUAGGAAAAUGCUAUUUACAAUCUUACUUUGAAGAAAGAUAUUUUAAUAAAAAAACUUGUUUAGCGCAUAUUUUUAUUAAGUUUGCUCAAAUGUGCAAUAUAAUAUCAAUAAUGUAUCAAUUAAAAAAACAAAUCAAAAAAUAUUUUUUUGAACACCAUUGAAGGAUUUGGAACUGCAUUCCGACGAAAAUCGCAGAGCUUGCAUGGAAUGCAUGCGUGAUAUUUGUAUGGAAAAAAAAUGUUGCUCAAGCAAAGUGCUUCACGCAGUCUUCCUGCAUUUAAAAUUUACGUCAAUAUAUACCUUUCGGAAUUGACUACACGUAGGAAACACACACACAUACACACACACACACACAUAUAUGUGUACACUGUUCCUUUUUUUACAAGUGGUCGUUUGUAUCGAUAUAAAAUUUUUACUAUUUGUAAUAGAGUUUGUAACACAUGGCACUGGCUGGAGUUACGUAAAAUACAAAUAAUUUUACAUUUUGUAAA